AUGCAAUCGGCGAAAGACAAGGCGAAGGACGAGAAGACCAAAGACAAGCCGAAGGACGCGAAGAAGGACUCGAAGGGCGGCAAAGAGGCGCCGAAGACGUCUGCGGCCGGCGAUGGCGGCGAUGUCUGGCCAAUAAAGACCACGCCUUACGACCCGAGGUUUCCCAACCAAAACCAGUCCCGUAAUUGCUAUCAAAACUAUUUGGAUUAUCACAGAUGUCUGAAAGUGAAGAAUGACGACAAAGAGUACUGCCAUUGGUAUCAGUGGGCGUACACUGAGCUCUGCCCUAAGUCUUGG